AUAAGAAGUUCAUACUAGGAAAGCAAAUCUAAGACGAACGAAAUAAACCAAGAUAUACAAUAGCAGAAUCCUGGCAAACAACCGAUAUCCACCGAAAUUAGGAAAUAUUUCCGUGGAGGAAUAUGAAUAAAUCUUUAUAGCUACAGAAGAUAUCCCAGCAGAGAUUUCCCAAUUAAUACUUGUAUCAUAUCUCUCCACCUAUAAAUAACUCGGGCUCAGAUAAUCUAACCAAAACCAGCAAUACAACAUCCUGACCCAGUCCUAAAGUUCAAGCUCAAACUCAAACGCAACCAAUGUCUCUCUUCCUCCUCCUCUUGCUUUCUUCUUUCAGCGUUGCUUCCGCCGCCCAUGCCAAUCCGUUCACUCCCAAGGCGUACCUCGUCCGCUACUGGAACCAGCGCGUCGCCAACGACCUCCCCAAGCCGCCCUUCCUCCUGUCCAAGGCCUCACCCCUGACCGCCACGGACGCGGCGGCGUUCGCCAAGCUCGCCGCCCGAGGCGCCAUCUCCGCCCACCUCCCGUCCUUCUGCGCCGCGGCGCGGCUGCUUUGCUUCCCGGAGUUGCCAUCGGCCGCCACCCUGGAGAGGCACGACGGGGACUCCAACUUCGCCGGUUACUCCAACGAGAACUUCACCAACUACGGGACCAAGCGGGUCGGCGGGCGCGACUCGUUCAAGGCCUACUCCGUCGAGGAGAACCUGCCCGUCAGCUCGUUCCGCCGGUACAGCCGCGGCUCGGAGACUCACCGCGAUGAGUUCUCCGUCUACGGCACUGAAGGCAACGUGGCAGACCAGAGCUUCAACGGCUACGGAGUCGCCUCCACCGGCAGCCAUGGCGAGUUCGUCGAGUACAACAAAGACGUCAACAUACCCAAUCUCAAAUUCAACAACUACGGCUCCGGUGGUGAAGGAGCAUCGCAUUCUUUCUCCAGUUACACUGAGGGGACCAAUUCCGGGGCCGAGACGUUCGCCACCUAUGGCAAGAGCGGAAACAGAACUCCGAACGAGUUCACGGCCUACGCAACUGGCUCCAACAAUGUGGGCUCCGGGUUCAGUGGCUACGGCCAAGGCAGUGAAGGCGCGAACAGCAGCUUCACCAGUUACGGCCUCGAUGGGAACAACCCCCAGAACAGCUUCAAGGGCUACGGCGACGGUGGCGACGGGGCGGUCGAGAGCUUCAAGACUUAUCGGGAGGGAGCCAACGUGGGCGACGACUCGUUCACUUCAUACGCGAAGGGCUCGGACUCGGCGAAGGUCAACUUCGCCAACUACGGCAAGUCUUUCAACGAGGGGAGCGAUAAGUUCACCGGGUAUGGAGGAGCGCCAGGGCAGGCCGUUGGAUUCAAGGUCUACGGCGUCAACAACACCUUCAAGGCCUAUGAUAAGAAUACGGUCGCCACCUUCUCUGGCUACACGAACAGAACAACAUCGUCCGUCGACGCAAAUGCAGCUUUGAGUGGCAAGAACGUAAAUAGGUGGGUGGAGCCGGGCAAAUUCUUCCGGGAGUCGAUGCUGAAGACGGGGACGGUGAUGCCAAUGCCCGACAUUCGGGACAAAAUGCCUAAAAGGUCGUUUUUGCCCCGGAGCAUCGCAUCCAAGUUACCCUUCUCGACCUUGAAGCUCAAAGAGCUCAAGCAAAUCUUCCACGCCGGAGAGAAUUCCACCAUGGAGAAGAUCAUGGCGGACGCGCUCGGAGAAUGCGAGAGAGCACCGAGCCGCGGUGAGUCCAAGCAAUGUGUGUCCUCCAUUGAGGACAUGAUUGAUUUCGCCACAUCGAUCCUUGGACGCAAUGUGGUGGUUCAGUCCACGGAAAGCAUCGAAGGGUCAAACAGCGAGAUCCUAAUCGGACAAGUCAAAGGGAUCAAUGGCGGUCGAGUGACUAAGUCAGUGUCAUGUCAUCAGAGUCUGUUUCCUUAUUUGCUCUAUUACUGUCAUUCGGUUCCGAAGGUCCGAGUGUACGAAGCAGAUAUAUUAGAUCCGAAGCUCAAGACCAAGAUCAACCACGGCGUCGCCAUCUGCCAUCUCGACACGUCGGCUUGGAGCGCCAACCACGGCGCCUUCCUCGCGCUAGGGUCAAGUCCGGGACGGAUCGAGGUCUGCCAUUGGAUUUUCGAGAACGACAUGACCUGGACAAUGGCCGAUCGAUAUCAAAAACGUAAGUAUCGAGUAGUUAGGAAUUGAGUCGUUUGGGUUCGUCCCGAUGGCAAAGGCAAGUUUUGCCGUCACCUCGAGUUAGGUUAUCAUUGAUUUACUUCACCAAUAUAUUUCUUCUGAUUUAAUGGUAAACUCUGUCAACAACA